CCAGCUGUUUCCAAUCUAGAUGAAGAAAACAAGUGGACAGUCCACUACACGGCAUCUUGGCACCAACAAGAAAAUGUCUUCCUUCCCUCAUCCAGGCCUCCAUGCGUAGAGGAUUUGCACAAGCAAGCCAAAGUGAACCUGAAAACUGUUCUGCGAGAAUGUGACAAGCUUCGAAGGGAUGGCUAUCGCAGCUCCCAGUACUAUUCCCAAGGACCAACAUUCUCCUCCUCUCCAGACAUGGUUUGCACAAGCUAUCCAGAAGAUGAUGAAGAAUACAGUCGAAAGUUUUCAGUCUCUUCAAAUGAAGAGGAAAGGCUCCUGACCGGGAAGAGACCUAAAACCCCAGUUCCUCAGGAAUUUUCUGAUACACACACCAACUGGACCAAGGCUCUUCCAUUACCCACUCCAGAAGAGAAAAUGCGUCAAGAGGCACAAGCAAUACAGACUGAUGUGGUGCCCAUAAAUGUUACUGGGGAGAAUUUCGACCGCCAAGCCAGCUUGAGGCGGUCUCUUAUUCACACUGACACUGUGGUAAGACGUCCAAAGAAGGUCAAAAGGAGAAAGACUAUAACAGGAGUCCCAGACAACAUACAAAAGGAGCUAGCAGCAGGUGCUGGACAGAUAGGUUUCAGAGGACAUUCAAUGCACAUACCGGAGAGCUAUAAUGCACUGGACAAUCUAGAGCCAUGCCUCUCACUUUCACAGCGGUCUGAAACCAGGGACUUCAGUUGCCAAACUGAAGAGAUAAAGAUAGUACCUCCCUCUGUCCGAAGAAUUAGAGCCCAGAAAGGACAAGGCAUAGCAGCUCUAAUGUCUAGUUCUUCUGGAAAUAUGUCCACCCUGAGCGAUCCUGCAGGAUGUACUUUACGGCCCAAUGGCGAUCUGAAUUUCCGCAGUUUACCAAGGACAGGAGCUCGGGUCUGCCUGCAGUCCCUUGAGCAAAGGAAAGAGAGCACCAACAGAAUAGAAGACUCUUUUAUUACAUUGCCACGUCAGCUAAGCAAAUUGCAGGUGGAUGACAGUGUUAUUCACCUCAGGAAUAACCAUAGAGCUGGAACACUCACAAGGCCAAAAUCCCAAGAAGUUAGGGGCUCAGAAAGAGAAGUCUUUUCAAACCCAGCUUGUGUGGUUUCCCCUCAUGCAGCUUACUCCACAAGUGUCAUCCCCAAUGCCAUGUUGUCCUCUUCUUCAGAGGUGAUAGCCAUUAACACAUCUCAGAGUAAUGGGCAACUGGAAAUUAAAACAACAUCCCAUGGCUCAUCUUCCAAUAGUAAAAGUGUAUGUCGAGAGCUCAAUGUCAAUGUUAAGGGUGAUCACCGCUUCUGUAGUGCUAAUUGGAGUGAGAACAGUUCACUGAGGCAAUCUCAGGCCUCAGAUGCAAUAUCACCUGGUGCCAUGAUGAUUAUUAACUUGAGUGAACAUGUAAUGCCUCCCAACAAUACAAAUAGCAUGAACAAUAGCCCGCAAACAAUACCAUACAAAAUAAAUGCAGCCUUAAAUAGCCACCCACAUGACAGCGAUACACACAGUGAAUCAAGCUACUCAGAUGGUCGACAAAGAAAUGGGAGCAUAACCAGCAGCACUAACAGUGCAGACCAGUGGCCAUGUGAAACUAGGGAAAAUGACAGUAAUGUCCCUUUAAGGAAACCAUCAUCCGCUGUCUCUGGCUCUCCUGUUAGUAAUAUGAGCACUUGUAGUUCAGACAGGAAAGCCGACUCCAGCUCACUCUAUUCUCUGGACCAUGAUGGCUACUACACUUCAAUGCACAUGGAUUCUGGAGUUGGAUCAGGUGACCAGAGGCAACACAAUGGUGUUCAGAAUCCUCCACACAGCGUCAUCAAUAUCUUUGAUAAGAAAGACACUCUGAACCAGGAUGAUAGGUCAAGUUAUAGUGACAAAUCUCUUACCCGCAGCAUAUCUCUGAAAAAGCCAAAAAAACCUCCUCCCUCCUCCAUCUAGGACAGACUCUCUAAGGCGUCCUCCUAAGAAAGACCUCCAGUCUAAUGGCCAGGUGCUUAAUGAAAAGCUUAUUGCCACUCUCCAGCAAUCAUUACAGCUAAACUUGAAGAGUAAAAGUGGCAGCUCACCAUCGCAGAGUCCGUGCAGCGACUAUGAGGAUCCUUGGGUUCUGCGCUCUCGCAGUCAGAGCACAGUAAGUGCAAGUAGUAGUGGACUGUCUGCCACAGCUGCCAACAUGUACUCUAUUUGUCCUAUUACUCCCUCUCAGAGUGAGACAAGCAGCAUAAGAUCUGAAUAUGCUGAUCAGUGGAGUUAUUACAUUGAUGAGCAACCAAAAUCUACAUUGCACUCUCCUAAGAAAUCGUCACAUUCUUCUGAACAACAAAUGCAUAGUGGUCUAUCCAAACCAAUUAAUGCAUCGCCUGAAAAGCCUUGCAGAGUCACUUCACCUUCUAGUGGAUAUUCAAGCCAGUCAAAUACCCCAACAAAUUUAACACCUGUACCACUACUCUUGAGAAGUAUGUCUCCAGGAACUGGAAAAAAUAAAGUAAAGCCCAAAGUGCCUGAAAGAAGAUCUUCUCUGAUCUCAUCAGUCUCUAUGUCUUCAUCAUCAACUUCUCUUUCAUCAAACACAUCAGACUCUGCACCACAGAUUAUCAGAAAAGCUUCCAUGGUCUUGCCAUCUCCUCCAACACCCCCCCUUACACCAGACCCACCCCCUCCACCCAUGAUAAAUGUGGUUGACAAUGUUUUUUUGCCAUCAUCUCCGAAUCUCCCACCUCCACCUCCAGAGGCAGGAGUGUUUCUAUCACCUGGUGACAAUCUGUGGCUGUCACAUUCAGAAAAUACUGACAAAUAUACACAAAAGGCAUAUCUCCCACCAGCUCUUCCCCCUCCCCCUCCUCCUUUUCCUACUUUGCACUCCAAGGCUGCUCCCAAAGUUCCCCCUUUUAACACAAAAACACUAAAAAUGAGAAAGAAUGAGCUGUUGCCUCAAAGAAAUGAGGACAAUGUGUUUGUUAAUCCACUAUAUAACCCUCCAAAUAAACCAGAAUUAAUAAGUCCAAUAGCUCCUCUUAUUACUGCUCAGGCACUGCAAAUGGUGCAGUUAAGGUCUGUAAAAAAAGCAUCACAACCAGCAGCUGAAAAUAUAGCUGAGCAGGUGCUAGAGCCAAAACUUCAGUAUGAAACGUCACCCUUAUUUUCACGGCCAUCUACAGUGCCAUCUGUCUCUUCAGAUCUCAGAUACAGUGAAAGCAUCAGAGAAAAUAAAAAUCCGAACUUGCACGAUGAGCAGCUACAGUACUCUGAUUCUCCAAACAAGUCAGCUAGAUUUACUACUGUUAAAAAUACGAAUGGUGGAUACAGAGAAGAGAAAUAUCGGGAUUCAACAUACAAUGGAGACAAAACUAUGUUGUCCGAAAUGUCAUCGCCACAAGAGAAAGCAAGUACUUCCCAAAGUCCGCCAAAUGCAUCUCCCAACAAGAAGCCUCCUCCUGUUUCAAAGAAGCCCAAAUUGUUUCUUAUCGUUCCACCUCCGCAGCUUGAUUUGGCAGCAGAAAAAAUAGCUCAAGUCAAAGAAAAUGUGAGAAGCAUGCCAAAAGCCUCUGAGAAUGAUUCUGUAAGCGAACAUUGUGAGGAGGUAAAUGGUCGUGUAGCAGAAGAGAACAGUUCAGUAGAGCUUGCGAGUUUGAAUUGCCAAGCCAGAGAAGAGGCUGUGUCCUCCUGUAAAGUUGCAGAGGACAUCACAAUUUUUACUCUGUCUCCUGCUCUGGAAAUCCCAAAUCACCAGGAAGAGGAGGAGCAGCCUACAAUGUCUGAUGAGGCCAGCAUCCCAGAUGGCAAGAAUAGGAGCACAAACUGUGACCAAAAAAUAUUCCAGGAAGAUGAAACUGGGUGAUGUUUUUGAAACUGCAAGUUCACCCCUUCUACAGACCAAUGACCGAUUCAAUGGCAGUGAGGAAAUAUUAAAUCCAACCAGGCCUAGGACUACUGAGGAUUUGUUUGCAGCCAUUCAUAGAUCCAAAAGGAAGGUUCUUGGUCGCAAGGAUUCUGAUGAUGAUCGCUGUAGAAAUCACUCGCCCUCUCCACCGGUCACACCAACUGGAGGAGUCCCAAACGUGAGCUCCUUUAAGCAGCCUGGGGCAAUCCAAAGAAGUAUCCGAAAGUCUAGUACCAGCAAUGAUAAUUUCAAAGCCCUGUUACUAAAAAAGGGAAGCAGGUCGGAGUGUGGCUCUCGUAUGUCUGCUGCGGAAAUGCUAAAGCACACUGACCCGAGGUUUCAAAGAUCACAAUCAGAUUCAUCCCUGGAGUUGCCAGACAGUCCAACAUUGAGUUCUCCAAGCAAGAAUAAAAGAGCUCAGGAGGAAUGGGCCAAGAGUGAGGGAAUUAUGCCAAGAAGCAUGUCAGUUUCUGGGACUAGGUACAGUCGCUCCAGAACACCACCAUCUGCAGCCAGCAGUAAAUACAAUGUCCGGAGCCGCCUUCAAAGCAGUCCCAUGACAGUGAUUUGUGAAGGGGAAGGAGAGAUGGCUGAUGCUGUAGAAAAUAGCUGUACAAAGGCACCACUUAUGAACACAAUGAGCCUGGACAGGUUUCAAAGAAUGGACUCUGAGUUGAAUUUCUCUUUUGGUGCUGACAGUUCCAAUCCCAGGGUUCACAUAAACUUGAUGAGUAGACUUUCAGAUGUCAGCCCAAGCAAAGACAAUGACUCGUCGUAA